GAUUCUCCCUUUUUCCCCCGAAUUCUCUUCAAAGCAUUUCUCUCUCUCUCUCUCUCUCUCUCGCGUCGAAGCAUCCGAAAUCGCUGCGCUCCGAUUCCUGCGCGACCUCUCCGAUCGACGAAUCCGCCCGCCAUGUCUGCAGAAUCAGCCAGCGCAAUCCAAAGAAACCAGGUUGACCUGUCGGACUUCAUCGACUGGUCCGGCGUCGAGUGCCUCAACCAGAGCGCCUCCCACUCCCUCCCCAACGCCCUCAAGCAGGGUUACAGAGAAGAUGAUGGUUUGCUUUUAGAGAGUGAUGCAGAUGAACAGCUUUUGAUGUAUAUACCUUUCACCCAAGUAGUGAAAUUAUAUGCUCUUGUUGUAAAAGGGCCUGAAGAGGAAGGUCCUAAGACAGUGAAGCUGUUUUCUAACAGAGAACACAUGGGGUUUAGUAAUGUCAAUGAUUUCCCUCCAAGCGACACAGUAGUUUUAUCAGAAGAUAAUCUUAAGGGAAAGCCAGUUGUCUUGAAGUAUGUCAAAUUUCAAAAUGUUCGCAGCUUGACAAUCUUUAUUGAAGACAAUCAGUCUGGUUCUGACAUCACAAAAGUGCAGAAGAUUGCGAUGCAUGGAACCACAGUGGAAACAACAGACAUGAAGGGUCUGAAGAAGGUUGAGGACCAUUGAUGUUGGAGUAAACGAAAACGCUGGAGACUAUUUGUAUCAAGGGAAAGCAGUGUCGUUAGUGCGAAAAUCCUCCAAUUCCUCUCGAAAUUUUGCUCGCCUUCUAUGAAUCUAAGUGACCAAUUGUCCCGAACAACUUUAUAUCACUUUGUGUCAUAGAGAAGGAUCAACUUCUUUUGGCGUUGUUGUGACACCUUCAUUACGACUGUCUCUUACUGAACAAGAUCUAUCGGCGAGAUAUGUGCUUGAACUGAUGUUUUCUCCAGACGGGCCACAUUUAGCAGCAUUGAUUCCGUGAAUUAAUGAAAACGUGUCCUUUUUUUCUU